CAAAUUGUUUGAAAGCCAACGAUUUUUGAAGCGUCUGUUUUGUGAUCCAUUUUCAUUUCCGUUGUCGUUCUCUCAAUUUUAUUCGUAAUUUUUGACAGUGACAUGGCUGAGUACACUGGCUUUAGUACACCACCGCCAAGAAUGAAUGUGAGGAUAAUAAACAAAGCCGAAUUAAAUACUCCCAUAAAAAUACCAGCUUCACCUUUGCUGCAAAAAAUAGGCUCUGGCACUGGAAUUGGGGUAUACAUGUUUGAAAGAUCGUCCAAAGUAGGCUCUGAACCAUGCUCUCCAUGGGCAGUAAAGAAAUGGCUGAGAGGAAAAAGCAGUGAGAGCAAUGAUAAAAAACUCCAAUUAGAAGCUGACGUCCUACGACAAUUGAAUCACCCCAACAUCAUUGGUUUCAGAGCAUUCACCAAAGGAGCAGAUGGAAAGUCUUGUUUGGCUAUGGAAGCAUUGGAUAUGUCACUUGGUGACAAAAUUGAGGAGAGACGGGAAAUCUUAAAAAAUGAACCAUUCCCAGCCAAGAACAUUUUGAAAGUCGGUUUUGAAAUUGCAAAAGGUCUCGAGUAUCUACAUCACACUGCAUACAUAUUACAUGGAGAUAUAAAAAGUUGGAACAUUUUGGUGUCCAAUGAUUUCAAUACAAUUAAACUGUGUGACUUUGGAAAUUCAUUACCCUUGACAAAAUCUUUAAACAUAGACACGUCAAAAGGCAAUUUUUCUUAUCUUGGGACAACAUGUUGGAAUCCUCCUGAAAUUAUAUCAGAAGAUGAACCAGUGACGAGUGCUGCUGACAUUUGGACAUAUGGUCUUGUCCUUUGGGAAAUGAUAGCUUUAUCGGCACCUCACCAACAAGAUUUUAAUGAAAAUGAAUCUUCCGAUAGCUGCACUACAUCUAAAGAAAAUAAUCAGCUUGAUGAAUCUGAUGUUAGUAUAAACGAAAAUAAAUAUGGUACACGUCCACCUCUACCUGCUAUUGACUUCAGUGAAGAUUAUCAUAACAUAUUAGAAAUAUUUUUUGUAUGUACCACAAAUUACAAAUUGAGACCCAGCGCAAAAGCACUAGUAAAGUACUAUAAAAAUUAUUUAGAUAUUAAAAAAAAAUAA